UCUCUCUUUGCUCUCCUCUCACUCUUCAUCCUUUUUCCUCUAUCAAUUACCUUCUGUGUCGCUCUUUCUCUCUCUGUGUAUCUGUUUUUCUCUAUCUCUCUCCCUCUGACCCAUAAUCAGAAGAGGAGGAGGAGAGGAGGAACAGCCACAGCCCUCAUUUUCUCUCUUUCUCUCCCAUUCUCUCCUCUGUUUUUUGUCUGUAUUUUGGAGAGGGGAGAGAAUUGAAUUCAACUUCUCUGCCAAACCCUCUCCCAAGAAAAAGAAAUAAACUACGACCAUAUAUAUAUAUAUAUACACACAUCUAUAUAGAUACAUAUAUAAAGUUUUGUGAAGCAGUAGAAAGCAAAAAAGAAAAUGAUAAGCAACAGCGGUGGUGGUGGUGCGUUGAGCGAUGAUGCGACGUCUGGGAUGGGCGGCAAUGGAGGGGCUAAUCAGGGGCUGAAGAAGGGGCCGUGGACGACGGCAGAGGACGCGGUGCUGGUGGAGUAUGUGAAGAGGCAUGGAGAGGGGAACUGGAACUCUGUGCAGAAGAAUUCAGGGCUGUCCAGGUGUGGGAAGAGUUGUAGGCUGAGAUGGGCUAACCACUUGAGGCCUAAUCUCAAGAAGGGUGCAUUCUCUCCUGAAGAAGAGAGACUCAUUGUUGAACUCCAUGCUAAGCUUGGUAACAAAUGGGCUCGCAUGGCUGCUCAGUUACCAGGUCGAACAGACAACGAAAUCAAGAACUACUGGAACACAAGGGUGAAGAGACGGCAGCGAGCUGGUCUGCCUUUGUAUCCGCAAGGAGUUCAGAAAGAAGCACUUCACCAGCAGCAGCAGCAGCAGCCCGUACUGCCCCAUUCUUCAUCUUCUAUGUUUUCACCAUUCCUGUCAUCACCUCAGCAAACAAAGCCCAGUUUCAAUCCUACUCUCUCGCUUUUCGAUCAGGUCAAUUUCACAACUUCUGCAAAUCCUAUAAGCAGCCACGCCAAUUCAUCUUUUCUCAGCAACCCCUCUUCCCAGUUUAAGUUUUUCCCCAACAACAAUGCCGGUUAUACUAUGCCGUUGUCCCCUGUUUCACCAUUCCAAUCCUCGAUGUCUUCUCUCUACAACCAUAGCCUCACUCAAUCCCAACUUCUUUCCCAGUCUCCAGUUCAGUUCAAUUCUGGCAGCUUUGACGGCAGUUUCAAUCUAAAUCAGCCAAUUGUGGGAUCCCAAUUUCACCCCAUUGUUGCAGUUCCGGGGAUGAAUCUGAAACUUCCUGCAUCCCCAUCUCCACUACAACAAACCACCCCUGCUUCCUCAGGCGCAACCGGGGACGAUUACAUGAUAUCACAGUCAACCACUGCUAAUACUUAUGCGGUUGCUCCGCCACUGUCACAGGACACUAGUGGUUUGCUGGAUGAUAUGUUGAAGGAGGCUGAAACUUUGUCCCGGAAUGAGAAUUCCAAGGAGGAAAACUGUGUAGUGCAGUUUGGGAAUGCGCAAGCUGAGGACAACUCCAUGGCUGCAUCAAACAAGGGAAAACAUGUCCUUGAUGGGAUUGUGCAGAACGGAGCUGGUCAGCAUAUGUGGUCUGCUUACGGGAACCGCCAGGCCACUCCUGAGAACCAGUGGGCUGAUUCCUGCGCUGCUCAGGCACAUGCUGGGAUGAAGCGAAAGAAGGAACAAAUGGAGGAGAUUGCUUGCAUGGAUGAUGAUCUGUUGAGCCUACUAGACUGGCACCAUGGCUAUGGAGAUGUAUCAAUUGGUCAGCUUACAAAUGGGAUUGGUGCUAACAUGGGACUUGACCAUACUUCACCCUUCUCAGCCCCCGCAGCCACCACCACCGCUGCCACCUCCACCUCUGCCACCGCCACCGCCACCACCAGCACCACCAACCCGAGCCUUAAACAGGGCAUGGAGUCAUGCGAAUGGUACACCAUGCCUAGCAUUUGUUAAACAACUCUUUUUGGGAACACUUAACAUUUUAUUCAAAGGCAGUAGUUUUAUGGGUCUUAAGUUCAAUGAUUGUUUGAGAUUAACUUUUCUUACCAUUUGCAAAAGAAACAAAAAAAAGAGAAAGAUUUGUACAUUAUUGUAAAACUUUGUGAUAUUCUAUACUUAGCUAUUUAGA